AUGUCCCCUGCAUGGCCAUGCGUCCGCGAGGGGCGCAUAGUUGCCUGGCAGGGGGUUCCACGUGUUGCUCUCGGCGGCAUUGAGCGGGGCUGGAUCCUGCUCUGGGCACCUCACUUCAGAGCUGGGGAAACUGAGACGGGGAGGCUGGCGUGUGUGAGGAGGCCGGCGCGUUGGUGGCCGCCCCCAGCCCCGGCGGGCUCCGCGCCGCGCAGAUCUACCGGCGCUGCUGGCUGGUCUUCAGAAAAUCCUCCAGCAAGGGGUCCCAGAAAAAAAAAGUUGGCCAUCAUCUUCCCCGACGACUCGGCCCGCACAUUCCCCUGCGACUCGGAGCUGGAGGCCGAGGAGUGGUACAAGACGCUGUCGGUGGAGUGCCUGGGCGCCCGCCUCAACGACAUCAGCCUGGGGGAGCCCGACCUGCUGGCGCCCGGCGUGCAGUGCGAGCAGACGGACCGGUUCAACGUGUUCCUCCUCCCCUGCCCCAACCUGGAUGUCUACGGCGAGUGCAGGCUGCAGAUCACCCACGAGAACAUCUACCUCUGGGACGUGCACAACCCCCGCCUCAAGCUGCUCUCCUGGCCCCUGUGCUCCCUGCGGCGCUAUGGGCGCGACGCCACCCGCUUCACCUUCGAGGCCGGCCGGAUGUGCGACGCGGGCGAAGGCCUCUACACCUUCCAGACCCAGGAGGGCGAGCAGAUCUACCAGCGCGUGCACAGCGCCACGUUGGCCAUCGCAGAGCAGCACAAGAGGGUCCUGCUGGAGAUGGAGAAGAACGUCAGGCUGCUGAACAAGGGCACCGAGCACUACUCCUACCCCUGCACGCCCACCACCAUGCUGCCCCGCAGCGCCUACUGGCACCACAUCACGGGCUCGCAGAACAUGGCCGAGUCCUCCAGCUAUGCCGGCGAGGCGUAUACGGGCGCCCAGGCCAGCUCGGACACCAACCUCCUCAACAGGUUCAUCCUCCUGAAGCCAAAGCCCUCCCAAAGCGACAAGAGCGAAAGCAGGGAGCCCAAGCCGUCCCCGUGA